AUGUCUAUUCCUGCUCAGAUCAGGGCUACUUUCCAUAUGAUGCUCCAUGGCCAACAUUCAGCCGAGUACCUCAAGGAGCCAGAGAAUUUCCGGUCUUUCGAGAUGCAGCAGGAGACUCUGGCGGUCGGUGGUCAUGCUGUCCGUGAAAGGCCCGAGAUGGAUCCUCCGGAAUGGUUACCGUCGAUAGUAGAGACACGGCUUCGCAGCCAGUUUCAGGGGUGUUUUCUGCGCAACCUGCAGCGUGCAGGUGACAAGAUGAUGGAAUAG